AUGACGCAGCGGCGCUCGCGCCGUUCUUCAAGUUCUUCUACUGCGACGCUCGACCACGACACCACCACCACAGCCAAUACGCCUUUUGGUCAGCCCGCGAUUCGCAAUCCGCACACAACCGACGCAAACUUACACUCUGCUUUGGACUCAACUGCAGCAAGCUCGCCAUCAAGCGCAACCGCGACCGCUUUAGUGCCUGAGCCAGCAGUGUUUGUCAACUCGCAGGCCUUCGCAAACGCUCACGUUACGCAAAUCCCCACCACCUUCAAGCGCGCACACUCCCCAUCAUCAAGUGGUAACACCCCGCCCAGGAAACAUCACUGCGGCCCUGUUGCGAUGUCAGACGAAAUGUCUGAAGAGCGCGCACCUGCCCAGGUCGUUGCGCAGGCCGCGCCUACCGCUUCGGACGAGGCGGACACACUGACAGACUCGUCAUCCACAGUGCAGGGAGACACCAUCAGGACCUCAUCACCAGCCGUAGUGGAACCUCUUUGUUCGAAUAUGGUGACUGCAUCUAACAGCGAUGGUAAUUCUCAUUCAAGCGUAGAUUCACCUGGGGUCGGCGUCACAACACACAUCGAGACGCAAGAUCUGGUAUCCUCGCCACCACACAGCGAUGACACUAUGGCUUCGCAAUCUCAGCAGAAUGCGCCUGGUGAAGUGCAGUCACAGGAGGGAGAGCACGUCGACAACAUCAAUCCUGCUAUCCCUCGCUCCGGCCAGAACCACGGCGACGAGAUGUCCACGACGCUGCCAGCCACGCCGCCCAUGAACGAAGAACCACAAUCAGCAAGUUCAUCCGCAUCGUCAGAUUGGUGGACUGAAUGGGGUGUUCCACCGCCCCUACCGAAACCCGAUACAGCCAUGUUGUUGCCUGAUCAAGCGGUCUCUUUCAUAGAUAUCUCCGAGUCACUCGCUGAGCGCAACAUGCAAAGCAACAUCUUCUCAAAGACGCGUGAGUCGAUAAAAUACCAAGGGGCCAGGGUUUUAAUCAUCUCUUCUCGCGGUUUCCAACGUGAACAUUUGCCUACGAAGCAGACAAGGCCCCCUUUGCUGAAGCGCCGUUACAGUGUGGAUGUCAAUACUACCACCGACUGGGAGCGAGAGACUGAUCACUGGGAAUUUGUACUAUCUCAGACAUAUGACAUCCCCGAGCUACCAUCAAAGGAAGUGGAUCCUCUACCCGCUCUUACACAUGGGUUACAGCUUCCUCACCCUGCCCGGUACACUGCUUUCGCCUCGGCCUUUGACCAUCAGCCUCCCCACAACGAAGGAGUGUUCCUUGAGCUGGGAGAUGUGACCCUUCACAACGACGCCUUUAACUAUAUCGGCGCUACCAACAGUCAGAUAUAUCGUCAGGAAGUAUGGAUGCGUGACGAGAGUCUAGACAUGGCUCUCGAAGUGCUUCGCCGCGAUUACGACUGUGACGCUGACAAAAUCGGCAUCGCCAACUCCACCGUGGCCCAGAUUUGCUAUUUUGCCCGAAUGUCAGGAGAAUAUUCUGCAGAAUACGAACAGUACAGGUCACGUUACGCCGAUAAGAAUUGGAUCUUCAUCGUCAUCAACGAUGCCAUCGGCGGCGUCGAAAACGAUGGCCACAGUGGAUCACAUUGGUCGCUCGCCGUUCUAGAUCGGAUUUCCAAGACAUGCUAUUACUUCGAUUCGCUUUACAUUAAUUUAAGAUUCUACCAGGGCCUGGGUCAAGAUAUGUCCAUGGGUAUGCUCCACAUCCUUGGCGAAAGCCCUGACGAUUGGAGAUACCGCAUACAAUUCAACAGUCCCAAUCAAUACGACAACAACAGGUUCAAAGAAGAUGGAGGUGCAUGCGGACCAUUUGUAUACAAGAUGAGUCAGAUGUUGAUCAAUGCAAUCAAGCUUUGUCAACUGGCAGGGCGAGAGCACAACUGCGAUCUUACACUCAAGCACUGGUUCCCUGAACAAUUCGAGUCGGAGUUCCAUUCGGAGCAGGUUCGAUAUGAGAUCAAGGACAAGAUUGCUCGCUGGGCACGCAAACAGUGGUCUUCAAGAUUGGUGGACAACUGGGACACCGCGCUGAUCCAGGGCACAGAUGCAGUCCUAGACGACGGUCCAGUCGUUACAUUCGAGGUCCCGGGAAGGUCCUCCAGGACACAUGCGUCGGGACGGAAUGUCCCCAGCGGAAAUAGUUACCAAUCCCCCAUCACCUUGGACGAAGACGAUGAGAAUUACGUUGUCCACGGGAAUAGGAGGGAUAGCUUUGACAGCAACGUUGCGUCCGCGGGUGGUGAUACGGCGGUCGUCGACCUGGGUGAGGACUCCGAUGAUACCUGGGUGGUGUCAGACGACGACAUGAACCUGGAUGAGGACGACGAGGAGACCGCAGAGGUCGUCCUCGACGGCCAAAUCCAGAUUGACGACUACCCUGUGCAUGGAGAGGAGAAAGACGCCUAGGCAUCUUGGGGCGGGGAAGCGACGUUGGCUUGGUUUUAUUUUGAUAAGGGCGUUAAAUGGGCUUGUCAUUGUCAAGAUACCCCUUCCCUUCAAUUGUACGAUAGCG